UACAGCAGCAUCAUGCACUAACCUCCCUCCCACCUUGCUAUGAAAUAUGACAUCUCCAAUGAUGACAAAAUGGUUGGGGAUCACACUUGUGCUACUGCAUACUGCAAAUCACGUGCAAGCCGGCGGCAAUCACAAAAAAUGCUGGACUAAAUGGUAUAAUCACGACAACCCCGAUAACAAUGGAGACUAUGAGACCCUAAGUAAACUGCGCCGUGAGAACCCGAUGGAAAUCUGCGAUGUGCCAAUUCAAAUUGAGGCUCGGACUUUAUCUGGAGGGAGCGUGGAUUCAACAGGCGAGACAAUCCAUAAGUCUGACACAAAAACCGGAUUCAUCUGUAGAAAUGUAGACCAAUCACGUGGAAUUUGCUCGGAUUAUGAAGUUCGUUUUCUGUGCCCCCUCACUUUCUGCCAUCCAGAAGAAUGCUGGACUCCAUGGUUUGAUCGAGACAACCCCUGUGGCUAUGGAGAUUUUGAAACUCUUCCCGACCUGCACAAAGAGUAUCCAUGGAAGAUCUGCAAACAUCCAAUUAAAAUUCAAAUCAAAACCACAUCUGGAGCCAAUGUUAGUUCAACAGGCGAUGUGAUUUUGGCAGCUGACACAGACGUAGGAUUUGUCUGUCGAAAUUGUGACCAGCCACACGAUGGUCAUUGUGCAGAUUAUAAAGUUCGUUUCUUGUGCCCCCUUGAAUUCUGCAAACCACAAGUAUGCAAGACUCCAUGGUACAAUCGAGACAACCCUAAUGAGACCGGAGACUUCGAGUUACUCAAGGAACUCCAAUUUGAGAACCCAAAUGAAAUCUGCCCUUUCCCGCUCGACAUUGAGGUCAAAACCGUCGAUGGAAAUAGUCUGUCCUCCACCGAGGAUAUCAUUGCUGUAGUGGAUGCAAAUACUGGGUUUAUCUGUAAAAAUGAUGACCAGAAGAGUGGAACCUGCUCUGAUUAUCAAGUUCGUUUCAUAUGUCCCAUUGAUUUCUGCAAAGAACAUGAAUGCUGGACUCCAUGGCUGGAUGGAGACAAUCCCUCUGGUGCUGGAGACUAUGAGACUAUUAGUCAUCUGCGCCACAAAUAUCCAUGUAAAAUCUGUGCGACCCCACUUCAGAUUGAAGUCCAAACUAUACAUGGGUUCAGCGUGGCUGCAACUGGGGAUGUGAUUCAUGUAGCCGAUGUGGAGACAGGAUUCAUCUGUCAAAAUUACGAUCAGAAGGCUGGCAGUUGCUCGGAUUAUCGGGUUCGUUUCAGGUGUCCCCUUGAUUUCUGCAACCCGCCAGAAUGUUGGACUGUGUGGUUUGAUGUCGACGACCCCGACAACGAGGGUGACUUUGAAGAGAUUUCAAAAAUUUGGGAACAAUUCCCAUCGGAAAUGUGUCACAUGCCAAGUUCCAUCGAGGCCCGGACAAAAUGUGGAGCAAGUGUGGAUUCAACAGGCGACGUCAUCUAUAUAGCUGAUACAGAAACAGGUUUCAUCUGUAAAAAUUCAGACGAGAAGAGGUGUUCCGAUUACGAAGUGCGCUUUAAGUGCCCCCUUACAUUUUGCUAUCCGGAUGUGUGCUACACUCCAUGGUUUAACCACGAUGACCCACGUGGAACGGGAGACUAUGAGCUCCUAUCUCACCUGAGGCCAAAGAAUCAUAUCUGCGACAACCCUGUCGACAUUCAAGUUGUCACUGCUUAUGACAAUUAUCCUUUUUCGCACACCGGCCAGAUACCCUACAUAUAUAGUGCCACUGAGGGAUUUGCCUGUCGCAAUGAAGAUCAGAAUAACCACCGAUGCUAUGACUACAAAGUUCGCUUUGGAUGCCCAUGCCAAUUGGAUGCAACAUAGUCUAAAUUUGUAUUCUGUGAGACGUGUUUAAUGAAUUCUUCUUCUCAGAGCUAUCUUUGAAAUGACAAGAAAUAUUUGUCCACCCUAUUUUGACCCAGCAUUGAGGAUGUUAUGAUUUUCAACACUAGCUUUUCACUUUUUUUUCACAUUUGUUAAAGGGACACUCGGAUGGGCUAAAUACAGGCACUUA